GUUUCUUGUUAAAGAGAAGUGCAAAAACUAAUGGUUGGAGCAGGCGAUGGUUUGUUUUGAAUGAGAAGACUGGAAAGCUUGGAUACACCAAGAAGCAAGAAGAGAGAGACUUUCGUGGUGUCAUUCCUUUAGAGGAUUGUAAUAUAGAAGAAGUUACAGAUGAGGAACAGCCUCCACCUUCAAAGAGUUCUAAGGAUAAGAAGGCAAAUGGGCCAGAUUCUGGAAAGGGACCAAGUCUUGCGUUUAAGAUUACCAGCAAAGUUCCAUAUAAAACUGUUUUAAAAGCCCAUAGUGCUGUUGUUUUGAAAGCCGAGAGCGUCGCUGACAAGGUGGAAUGGACGAACAAGAUACGCCGUGUCAUUCAACCGUCCCGAGGAGGACAAACGAAAGGUUCAUCCUCUGGAGGUGGUCUUACCUUGCGGCAAAGUCUAUCUGAUGGCUCUCUAGACACAAUGACUCGAAAACCUGCUGAUCCUGAAGAAGAGCUGCGGUGGAUGUCUCAAGAAGUUCGUGGUUACGUUGAAGCAGUUUUAAAUAGUUUGGCUGCAAAUGUCCCCAAGGCUGUUGUACUUUGUCAAGUUGAGAAGGCCAAGGAAGACAUGCUAAACCAAUUAUAUAGCUCGAUCAGUGGCCAAAGCUCAGCCAGGAUUGAGGAGCUUCUUCUGGAGGACCCAAACGUAAAACGGAGGAGAGAACGUUAUCAAAAACAAUCCUCUCUCCUUUCGAAACUUACGCGCCAGCUCAGCAUCCACGAUAAUAGUGCAGCUGCUGCUGGUUGGUCCGACAAUGAUGCAGCAGGUAAUCUUAGCCAUUAGUU